GCGGUGGCAGCGGCCUCGGGCCUCGCCUGGGCUCAUCUCGCUCGGGGGCUCGGGGGCUCGGUCGGGUAACGGCCGCUCAGCGGCUGCUCGGCAGCGCGGGUCUACAACAUGGAAAAGCAAGUGCUCGAGUCCUCUGAAGAGCGAACGUUUCAGUACCAAGAUUCCCUGCCUCCACUGCCCGUACCUCCUCUGGAUGAAUCUUUAAGUAAAUACCUUGACUCAGUGAAGCCAUUUCUAAAUCAAGAAGAGUAUCAAAGAACCGAGAAUAUUGUUAAAAAAUUUGAAAAUGGGAUUGGCAAAGAGCUGCAUCAGAAAUUACUGGAAAGAGCUAAAACCAGAAGGAAUUGGCUGGAGGACUGGUGGCUGAAUGUGGCUUAUCUUGAUCUUCGCAUAUCAACGCAAAUAAAUUGUAACAUGGGAGGCCCUGGUCCCUAUAUUGAACACUGCUGGCCUCCCAAAGAAGGCACUCAGAUAGAGAGAGCAUGUGUAAAUAUAUGGCACACCCUGAAGUACUGGGAGCUGUUACGAGCAGAGAAAGUGCCUAUAGAGAGAUCUGGGAAUGCUGUUCUGGACAUGAGCCAAUUUCGAAUGCUCUUUAACACUUGCAAGGUUCCUGGAAUUACCAGAGACUCACUCUGCAACUAUUUUAAGACUAUGACUGAAGGUGAAUGCCCAUCUCACUUAGUAGUCCUGUGUCGAGGCCGAGUGUUUGCAUUUGAUGCUAUACAUGAAGGCAACAUGCUGACUGCUCCAGAGAUUUCCAGGCAACUUACAUACAUCCAGAAAAGAUGCCAUAGUGAACCAGAUGGACCAGGACUGUCAGCCUUAACAAGCAAUGAAAGAACAAAAUGGGCAGAGAUACGUGACUAUUUAAUUAGUCUGGACCCAAAGAACUUAGCUCAUCUUGAAAAAAUUCAGCAAAGUUUGUUUGUAGUCAGCCUGGAUGAUUCUAGUCCCCACGCAACUCCUGAGGACUACACAGAGAUAACGAGGCUGGGCCUAGGAGGUGAUCCAACUGUGCGCUGGGGAGAUAAGUCCUACAAUAGCAUAUUCUUCUCCAAUGGAACCUCCAGUGCAUUCUGUGAUCAUUCUCCUUUUGAUGCCAUGGCUUUAAUCACCAUGUUAUCUUCUACUGAACAAAAGAUUAUUGAAAAUGAGGGAAAAUGGAAGGGAUCAGAUAAAGUGAGGGAUAUUCCAUGGCCAGAGGAACUUAUAUUCACACUAGACCAAAAAAUUAUAAAUGAAAUUGAACGUACUAAAGAAAUAUAUUAUGAAAAGGUAUCUGACCUGCAACUGGCAUGUUAUGCCUUCACAUCCUUUGGUAAAGCCUUGAUUAAGAAGAGGAAGCUUCAUCCAGAUACAUUUGUGCAGCUUGCCCUUCAGCUGGCUUAUUACAAAUGUCAUGGCCGCCCGGGCUGCUGCUACGAAACUGCAAUGACCAGGCGUUUCUAUCACGGCCGCACAGAGACCAUCAGACCGUGUACCAUGGAAGCAGUAGAGUGGUGCAAAUCCAUGUUGGAUCAUUCUGCCACUAAUCAUGAACGCCUACAGCUGAUGCAUGCAGCAUUUGCAAAGCACAAUAGAAUGAGGAAAGACUGUGAGAAUGGAAGAGGAUUUGACCGUCAUCUCCUGGGUCUCCUUCUCAUAGCACAGGAGCAGAGACUGCCAGUGCCAGAACUCUUUGUGGACCCCGCCUUCACAGCCAGUGGAGGAGGUGGGAACUUUGUUCUUUCAACUAGUUUGACCGGCUACACCAGAUUUAGUGGAUGUGCGCUCCCUAUGGUACAUCACGGCUAUGGCUUUUUUUAUGCAAUCAGAGAUGACAGGAUCGUCGUUUUAUGUUCUUCCUGGAAGUCGUGCCCAGAGACCAGUGCAGAAGUGCUGUGCAGAACUUUAUUCCAAUGUUUCCAGGACAUACUUCAGUUAACAGUUACAUCUCAAUUAUAAAAUUGAUGAUGAUAAGA